AUGGCGACUGGAAAUCCCAACAACCUUGGCGAGAUGAUCCCGCUCGCCGAUGCUGCGGACGAGGACCUCGGCCGGGUGCUCCCCGCGGUUUUCGCGGAGGCUGCGGCCGGCAUGCCGCCGCCUCGCCCGCGGCCGGCGCAUCGGCCCGUUUUGCCCUUCCGCGGCCGCGGCGUGGAAGGCAGAUCCGGUCGCGGUGCCUCGUCGCAGGCCGCGCCUACGCCUUCGGCCGCUGCGCCCGUCGCUGAUGCGUCGCGGGCGGACCGCAGCCGCACGCUGCUGCACGCUGGCGCGGACGAUGAGGAGCCCAGCGCUGUAGGGCUCGACCUCGCCGGAGAGCUGAGCCGCAUCAUUGACCAGCAUGCGGCGCUCGAGACCCAGACGGCGAUCCUCGAGUCUGAGUUCCAGGCGAAAGAAACAGCGUUGAUUGAGCGUCUGGAGGUGGCUCUUCUGGAACGCAUGGAGGCUGCGACAGCCGCGGCCCAACACGAGUGCCACGAGAGAGUUGCGGUGAGCUCGCGCGAGCUCCGUGCGGCAGAGCAGCAGAUGGCGGCGACGGACCGCCAGCAGCUUGCCGGCAUCCUGGCCGCAGAGUCUGCUGCAUACGCCGCUGCUGACCAGAGGCGCCGCGAGGAGUGCGAUGCGAUCCAUGCUCAGGCGUUCCGGAACCUCGAGGCGCAGCGCGUGGAGCUCAGCGCACAGGCGUUCGUCGGCUUCGAGGGCCGCACAAGGCUGCAGCUUCGCCAAUACGAAGCCCAGAUUGCCAAUCUGGAUGCCCAGCAGGAGCAGACGAAACUCCGGGCCGACCGCGCGGCAGGGCUGGAGGCGCAGGUCACGGUGCUCCGUUCUCGGCUCACCGAGUCCGAGCAGCGCGUGCAUGCACUGAGAGACCGAGCCCAGCAAUGGGCCAAUGACCUCGCAGCCACGGCUGAGGCGCAGCGCGGCGAGCAGCUCGAGGUGCAGACCGCGCUGCAGCAGCGUCUUGACAUCCUCGAGCAGGAGGACGACAUCCGCCGGCGGAAAGGCGCGGCGAAGUCCUUGACAUUGGGCCCGCUGCCCUCUGCCGUGGGCUUUCGGGAGCGGGUGCAGGACGCCUACGCGAAGGUGAACGCAGCGAGCAAGCGCAGCAAGCGCCGCACAAUGCGGUGGAUGCAGCGCAUCGAGACCGUCAACGACAUCUCGGAGCUCGAGGCGUUGGCAGAGAAGGAGAAAAGGUGGGGCGAUCCUGACUCCGCGCUCGCCGAGGCCGUCUUGGCCAUCGCCAACAGCAACUUGAAGCGUGAGCUCCUGAUCUACCGCGAGGAGCGGUCGAGGAUGGGCUUGCCGCACUCCGGCCGCUGCGCGCUGUACAUGGUGUAUUACAGGUGCACAAUCGAGCGCGGCCAGGCGAUGAGCGUCGACCUCACCACCUUGGUGGGCCUCGGGUUCGGGGGGGACCUCGAGGGCUUCUUGAAUGCCUGGGACUACGCCUUGAUGGCCUUGGCCAAGGUGCCGGACGAAGACAUGCUGUGCUCGCUCCUCGAGUGGCAGCUCCGGAAGUGCAUGGGGUUGGAGCCCGCUUUCGUGACCUAUGAUGCCGCCGAGGAGGGCGCCGCGACCCGCGCCUCCGCCUUCCCCUACAAGGCCGCGCGGCGGGAGAUCGUGCGGCGACGGCGCGGACAAGCGUGGGGCGACUUGAUGAAGCUGCCUCAGAAGGCCGCCCCCGCCAAGACCGCCGCAGCCGCAGCCGCAGCUGCCGCCGCUGCGAAGGCCAAGGCGCAGGCGACGCCGCAGGUCCGCUCCGGUGAGAUCUGCCAGAUGUUUGCUCGGGAUGGUUCGCGCCGCUUCGGUGCGAAUUGCAUGCUCGAGCACGUCGGGGCCGCCUCUGCGCCAGAUGCCGCCGCGGCGAAAGCCAGGGCCAAGGCCAAAGCUGGGGCCGCAGCCAAAGCUAAGGCUAAGGCCAAGGCGCAGGCGAAGGCGAAAGCGGCGGCCGCCGCCACCUCCCCCGCCGCUGCCGCGGCCCAGCCAGAUGACCAGCCAGCGCGCCGCUUCUGGCCCAGGGGCGAGCGCACCAACGGCGAGAGCCGCGCGUUCAAGCACGUUGGCCCUGGCAAGGCCAAAGUGCCGGGCGCCGUCUGCCGCGCCGCCCCGGCCACUGGUGGCCCCAGCGACGACCUUGAUGAGUUCGCUUUGGACUCCGGCGCUGGCAAUGACCUGGCCCCCGUAGGGGCCCAAGGCGUCCGCCGCCAGCGCGACGACCUUUGCUUCCUGAGCACGGCGAACGGCGUGAUCGCGCCCGAGACCACCGUGUCCGUGGGCCUGGAGGCGCUGAACGAGCAUGGCUACCGCUUCGCGUGGGGGCCGUUCGCUGACAAGCCCGAGUUCUACGCGCACGAGGGCUCGCAGGUCGACGUCCGCGUGGAGAACUUCGCCCCGAUGGUGGCGGGCGGCCGCCCCAGCCAGCCGGCCAGCGCUCGCCGACAGGUGCGAUGCAUGCCUGCCAUGGCCUCCGCAGAGGCUGACCACGCAGCCCCCGCCGCAGCGGAGGUCGCUGGAGCGGCGAAUGGGGCAGCCCGCGCCGCAGCCCAGGCCGCCGCUGCGGCCGACCGCGUGGACGACGCGGUGAUCGACGCUUCGAUCCAUAGCGACCCGCAGUCCAUCCUCCACCUGGCCACGCACCUGCCGAAAUGCCCGCCCGGCGUCUGCGCGGGGUGCGACUUCGGGAAGACGGCGAAGAGCCGCAGCUCGCGCCGCCCCGCUCCAGCUGCGGAGCUUCAUGCGCCGGACGCCACCGUCGAGUCCUCCGGGGCCCUUGUGCACAUGGACCACGUCGAAGUGGAGCGCAGCUCUGAGGCGAGGAAGGCAUCGCCCUACAGCCUGCGCAUCCUGGACGAGUCCACGGAGUUCUUCUCGCCGUGCCCAGCGCGCCGCCGGGGCACCGACACAGUGCUCAACAGCGUGGGCUCCUUCGACUCCGCCCCGCCGAAGAUUCGGAGGUGGCGGGCCGACUCAGCGCCCGAGUUCAGGGCAGCAGCGCGGGUGGUGCGCAGCAAGCGUCCACUCGCGCAUUAUCAAACGACACCGCGCCGGGCUGAAGCCAACGGCAAGAUCGAGCGCAUGAAUCGGGUGGCGAUUGAGGGCGCGCGAUGUUCCCUCCACCAGUCCGGCCUCAGCGAGCGCUGGUGGCCUCUCGCCGAGCGGCACUGGGCGGCGAACUACAGCGGCAGCGUCAAGAACGAGGCCGGCCUCACUCGGUGGCAACGCCGCUUUGAGGAGCCAGCCCCCUUCGUCAUCUACCCGUUCGGCGCCCUCGUCCUCUUCCGGCCGCCAGCCGGCUCCAAGCUCCCGAGGCUGGAGGGCGACCCCUGCAGCUCCAGCAAAUGGAAGAACCGACUAAUGCCUGCACUUCUGGUCGGCGUAGCGGCCGGCCCAGCCGAGCAGCGGGCCAAGAGUUACUUGAUCGCCCCGCUCGCGGCCAUCCUGGCCGACGGCCGGGCCUCUAGAGUCAACGUCCGCACCGUCGCCGACGUCGUCUCCCCGUCGAAGGUGACGUUCCCUCUAGCGCAGCGCCUGGCGUUCAACGGCGCGCUCCGCGACCUCAGCCUGCCGGCGCCGCGCGCCAACGACGACGCCGAGGGGGGCUAUGAGUUCAUCGCCGACGAGCCUUGCGAGGAGGACGUGCUUGCGUACGACGGGAUGCUGAAGGAGGGCUUGGACGUCGUGGGCCAAGCCGGCGAUGGAGACGCAGGCGCCGACGAUCCUCAUUCUGGCCAUGCUGCGGUCGAGCCCGACGUUGCCGAAGCUGCGCGGCUCGGCGUCAACGCCGACCCCGUCGUGCAGCGGGAGAUCAAGCCUGGACCAGGGCGCUCGCCGCCGAGCGGCUGGAGGCGAGGCGGCUUUGGCGCCGACGGCCAGAUCCGGCGUUCGGCGUGGGCGCCACCGUGGCCCACUCGUCCGCCUACGCUCGAGCCAGAGGCGCGGCUCUCCCUGACCACGAAGCACAGGCAGGAGAAGAGGCGUGAGGACUACCAGAACCUGAAGGCGAAGGGCAAGGUCGUGGCGGCCGCCCCAUCGAUGCCUCGCCUCGCGUGCUCUGCCUUCGCGGGCACCCCGCACGAGGUGUGCCACGAGCCGCCUCGGCAUCCUUGGCACCGAGGCUCGGCCGCAGCUGGCGGGCAGCACGCCCGUGCUUCUUCCAGCGAUGCCCGCGUGGCUUCCGGCCGCGCCGCAGGACCUGCAGCUCCGGCAGCGCCGGCCGGCCUCGUCAUACAGGCGCCCACGGUGCCUGAGAUCGUCGCCGCAGCGAUGCCAGCCAUCAUGGGCGGCAGGUACAACCAGAUGCUCGUCGAGUUGUGUUGCUCUCCGGAGUCUUGCCUGUCCGCCUUCGCCCCGGCCAGGUGCAUCGCCAUCCGCGUGACCGAGCAGCUUGACCUUGCCGCCGAGAAGACCCUCCGAGCUGUUCAAGACAUCUUGAAGAGGGCGGCCCGUAAGAAGCUGAGGACCAUGAUCUGGACAGCCGCCCCCAUGGCGGCGACGCGGGCCUUGAUCACCAAUGUCGCGAAGGUGUGCACCUACGCUCGUGACAAGGGCCAGGACGUCACCUGGGAGUGGCCUACAAACUCCGACCUGUGGUCGAACGACCGCGUGCACCAGCUGAUCAACACCGUCGGCGGCAAGUUCGUGAAGGUAUCGGCCUCCGCCGUCGGCCAGCAGCAUCAGCAUGCAGGCCGCGUGGUGUACACCCAGAAGGAGUGGACGCUGUGCUCCACGGACGACCCCGUUACGAUGAUUUUCGAGAAUUAUUCCGUCGACGAGGCUGCCGACAGCAAGGAGUUCGUCCGCUGCCGCGGGAAGAUUGCGAAGCAGACCGCCCAGUACACGGCAGAUUGCGACGGCGCCCGCAAGGCGUUGGAGAAGGAGCUGCACGGGAUGCGCUCCAAGCAGGUCUGGGGCACCAGCGACGCCAUGCUGGCCCGGGCGUUUGCAAUUCUGGGGAUAAAAGGAGAAGCGCUUGGAAAAUAUGCCCAGCAAUGGAAGGCUAGAGUGGUAUUUCAAGGAUCCAACAUCCGAACUAAGUCGGGCGUGUCGGCUGCAGACCUGUUCGAAGAAGUUGCCAAUGCUCCGGCGCCCUUCGCCGCGGCGCGCGCUGCCCUGGCGGCCGCGGCCCUCGCCGGCCAGGGGGUCAGCCUGAUCGACACUCUGUUCCGGAUCCCCACUCACGUCGAGCUCCCACGGGAGUGGUGGCCAGACAGUUGGUUCUUGGACGGCGCAGCACGCCAGAGACCUAAGUAUGUCCGGCCUCAUUGCCGGCUCAAGAAGGCUCUGCGUGGCCACCCCGAGGCCGGGGCGCUGUGGGAAGCCAAGUUGAACAGCAUUCUCAAGCAGCAUGGCUGGGAGCCCGCUGGCCUCGACCAUCCUGGUACUUGGGCCCGCUACACCAUGGACCCGGCCAACCCUACCUGCCCGUCGGCCGCUCGCCGGCUCCACACGGACAUGGACGACUACGUGGCCAACGCCGUCGCCAGGUUCGCUAGCGAGUACGGGGGCGAGCUCCGCAAGGUGACGUCGCCGUUUCUCUCGCCGGAGCAGUGGGCUGAAGAUGGCGUGUGCCCCGGCGUUUUCGCCGGCAGCUGCGCCUCGCACGUUGCGACGCUGCUGAUUUUGUCCCGGGUCGCACGGCCAGACAUCGCCGUUGCCGUGCAGCGCCUCUGCUCGGUGGUGUCAAAGUGGAGCACAACCCACGACGCAGCACUGGCUCGCUUGUACGCCUACUUGAAGGCCGCUGGCCCCAUGGCCCUCGCCGCCGAGUUGGCCCCCGAGGACAUCUUCGACCUGGAGCUCCUGAUGUGGUCGGAUGCUGACUGGGCUGGCGACUCAGAGCACGCGAAGUCUACAGGCGGCGUUCUGGUGGAACUUCACAGCCCGACUUCAGGUCGACGCUGGCCGCUUUCGUUGGCUGUUCGCAAGCAGACGCCCACGGCCGGCUCGACAGCCGAAGCCGAGACGGUGGCUCUCAGCCACAACACCAAGCACGAGGGCAUUCCCACGCAGAUGCUCCUCGAGCGGAUGCUUGGCAUCGACAUCCCGCUGGUGGCGCUCGUGGACAACGCGCAGGCCAUCUCCGCGGUGUCCAUCGGGCUCUUGCACGAGCUUGUGGUGGAGCGCGGCGCGAUGAUCCUCAAGCACGCGCCCACCGCGACGCACCGGGGCGACGGCUUCACGAAGGCCAUGUCCCCGGCAAGGUUCAUGCGGGCCCGCGACCUCAUGGGCAUGAUCCGCACCAGUCCCUGA